AAUCAUGUAUCUCUAACCAGUUAUUUGUGUAAUAUUGGUGUCUACAACAUUUUUUGCAUUUUUAAUUUUGCCAGUCACAAUUUUAUGAAUGUUAAGAUAUUGAACACAUCUUACAUAAAGUGAUAUGUCUGAUAUUAUAUCGGAUGAUCAGAUCAAUUUGUUCGUGCAUGAAAGUAUAAUUAUUGGACUGUUAUAUUUAUUAGAAUCAUCGAUAUUUUACAUUACUUAAGUGUUUUUGUUUUAAUAUAACGUAUAACAUAUAUCUACUUAGCUUGUUUGCUUUGCGUAACAAUAUUGAUUCAAUCUUGCAAAUGCGUCAGAUUUAUAUAUACUACAUUACCUAUAAAUGUAUGUACGUAAUAGACAUGAGACAUGACAAAAAAGACAUAGGUACAUUACUUAUAAAUUAUUAUGAAUUUUUAAAAGAAAUUUAUUAGGAUUUACAAUAAUUAACAAUUGUUAAACAAGAGAAAAGAUGAUACCAUUAUAAAGAAAGUAAUCGAAAUACAUGUAUGCUGUGCAGCAUAUACAUGUGUGACUUUAAAUUUAAAUAGCAAAGAUAUUUAACUUGAGAUAUUUUAUACUUUUAUGGAGAAAAAUUAAGAAUUUUCCUAUGUACAAAAUUAUUAUUGCUAUUACGCUAAUGCUAUUCGAACGCAAUCAUUGUUCAAAUUAUUAUUUGAUAUAACAGUAAAAAAUAUGUCUUUUUAAGAAAUUGGGCAAGAUUUUAAUAACUUUUUGUGAAUUUUAUACAUACCGUCUCUUUUCUUCUCCACCACUUGAAUCGCGUGCCGAUUGCUAUUCUUGAAAUACAAUUUUAUGCCAAAGCUGGAAAUAUAAUACCACGUUAUUAUCAAACGUUAUUAUCAAUGACAAUCAAUUUAAUAUUAUUGAUAUCGAUGAUCGAAAAUAUCAAUAUUUAUUUAUUCUUCAUACAAAUGUGAAAAUUACUGAUAGCAAUUGAGUCAACUCUUAAUACAUUUUUCUCUUGCAGCAAAGUAAUUUAUUACGGAUAAUUUACGAUUAUAAAAAAAUAAUUAUAAAAAAAUUAUUUUCAAUGAAUAAUAAUGGGAUUCUGAAUAAGUUUUGCCAUCUGCAUAAUAAUUAACGAUGAUAAGAACGUGGCAACACAAAAUAUUGAAACUUUUUCUUUGUAUAUAAAAAUAAAUGAAUUAUAAUCAAAAGCAUUGGUGUUAUUAAUCAAGAGAAUAAUAAAACAGAAUAAUAAACAAAAUUACGGAGCUGAUUGUGACAAUUUAAUGGUAUAUAUACUUUUAGUAUUAAAUAGAAUUUGUCAUACACGAAAAGAAUUACGUGUUAUCAUAAUAUCGACAUAAAUUGAAUAUUGAAAAGAUCUUUACAAAUAAAAUAAUUUAUAUUUUAAACACGAAAUUCGAAAACAAUGAGUUGAAUAGUUUUCGCACAAUAUAAGUCGUACAUAUGUGUUGUAUAUAUACAUAUAAUUAUCGAAGCCGGAUGAAGGUAGGGCGGGUACUAUAUAGAGGUCAUUUUUAAAUAGCAAAAAGUAGACUGUAAUCGUUAUGACGCGAGGAUUUGCCGUAGUCAUACCGCUGUGUUGAAGAAUAAUCUUUUGCUAUUGGUAUCGGUAUGAGUUGUUUAAGCCUAAGUCACUUUAGCAUUGAAUAUUUUUAAAAAAGAAUACUAUGCUAAAUAUCAGUGUUAUCACGUGCAUUUUAUAUUAGAUAAUAUAAGUAUUACAACUCAGCAGAAUUUUAUCAAGAGACACGGUAGUGUUUCGCGUCAAGUAUACGGGAAGCGAGACCGCAGCGUGACUCUUUUACGCGACGCGACGAGUUGCGGGUUUGGACACUUCCGCUCCAGAUAUACUGGCGGAACAAGUAACAAUCGGAGCCUACGAAAAUCGGAGCGACACUCGACAGUCGUGCGAUCGUCGUGCUGACGUAAAUAACGCAAGAGUGACGCGCGAGAGACAGCAACGUGGUGGUACGCAUGGCGCAGCCGGCGAACGACGAUCCUUGGUCGUCUUCGGUAACGGUACUGUCGAGAUUCGGUGUUGAAGUUCAAGGGACGUUCGACUACGAAAAGUUUCGGGCGCUUUGUGCUCAGCUGUUCGACGCGGACGAGGUCGAGCAACACGAGUGGAGGGCACGAGAGGUCUUCGAGCUGUUCGACGCAGAUGCGGACGGCGCAUUGAACGACCAGGAAUUGCACAGAUGUUGUAAUUGGAUACAUGCGACUAUAAAUCCCGUCAACGUUUUGAUAGUCGUCGAUGUACAAAACGAUUUCAUCGAUGGCACGUUGGCACUUAGAAAAUGCGGCUAUGGGCAGGAGGGGUUGGAAGUGUUGAAACCGAUUAAUCGACUUCUGAAGGAUGGUCGCUGGGAUAAAGUGAUAUAUUCGCAAGAUUGGCAUCCCGAGAACCACAUCAGCUUCUUUGACAAUUUGGCGAUGCGCGAAUUUCAUCCGGAAUCUAAGAUCACGAAGGAAAUAGCGAAGCCCUUCGACACCGUCGUUUUCUUGCAACCUCAUUUAACGCAAAUACUUUGGCCCAGGCAUUGCGUUAUGAACACCUGGGGCGCUGAAUUGCAUAAAGAUCUACUGAUAUUGCCUUCUUCCGAACGGAUAUAUAAAGGUCAGCACCCAGAGAAGGAGACAUAUUCAGCGUUCGAAAAAGAUACAGAUGGUUCCUCGGAGCUGAAUAAAAUUUUGUCGGCCGCUGGUGCCACACACUUGUACGUAUGCGGUAUCGCCUAUGACGUAUGUGUGAAGCAAACCUGUUUAGAUGGCUUGUGGUAUGGUUAUCGGUUAGCCGUGAUUGACGAUUGCUGUCGCGGUGUGAAACCCGAUGAUAUAACGGCUACAAAAAAAUUAAUUACCGAAAAUGGCGGCUUAGUGACGUGCUCCGACCAUGUUCUGUCCUUAGUGAACGAAGGCAAGCAUAGUCUGGUGAUGGCACAUCACGCCGCAAAGAUAAUUAUGUCCUAAUACCUAAGACACGUAGGCACAAAUUUCUUGAAAAAUAUUUACAAUAUUGAUAAUUUGUCGAUUUUAAAGAUUAGACUUAAAAUAGAGAAAAGGAUGAGAGAGAGAGAUAAAAGGAAUAGAGAAAUUAUUUUGUUGUUAUUAGCAGUCAUUGCAACGACUGAUAACAAAAAUAAAAAAGUAAAAGUUUACAAAAUAAUGUAUCUAUUUUUUUUACUUCUAAUCUUUUCCUGUUCUAUUUUAAGUCUAAUCUUUAGAUUCGACCAAGACUCGAAAUUAGACAAUAUUUUUUAAGAAAAUUAAAAUAUUUCAAUAGAAAUAAAAAUGAAUAGAAACUAAUUCGACAACCAUAGAGUUAUAAUUACAAAGCGUAAAACGAGUUCAUCUUCAUUCUCAUGAUUUAGUAUAGCACUGUGUUGAAAUGGAAAUAGAUAUAGAUAGAAAUGAAUGAGUGGAAAUAUAUGUAGACUGAGAAGUAAAACUUUAGUAAUUUUCAAUACAUCAAGGUUACAUAUCACAUUAACAGCUCGUGACAAAAAAUAUUUAUAAGUGAUAUAAUUUAUAAUUAACUGUCAAUUUGUUUAAAUUUAUGUAAAAUUGCUACAAACAUUAUCUGCACACAGUUAGUACCAAGAACAAUCUAAGAAUAUACCGCAUUUCUGAUUAAAAAUGUGAUUGUAUACUAUUUUGAUAUUAAAAAAUGAUUGUACUAUUUUAAUAUAAAACUUUUAUAAUAUAAAUUACUAAAGAUA